GCGCCAGUGGUGUCCGGCCAGCGCCGCAAAGGUUUCUGGGACGAGCGCUCAGCGACUCGGCUCGGACGUGGUAGGAAAACUCCAUAUUUACCAGUCGCCGUACAUUAACCGCUGGACGCUGUGCUGCCGCGCGGAGCGCCACGCAAUGGAUCGCGCUGAGUUGUAAACAACGCCGUCGUUUCUUCCCGCGGAUUUCCCGUUCGCUCACCUUCGGCAGCGCGUUAUUAAAUCAAGUGCCACAAAUUGAGUGCGCGAUUGCGAAAUUCGGGCGCGCAUCGCAUGCAACAAAAUACCAAUAUCUACCACACAAAAUAAAAAAAACGGAUCGCGAAGAGUGCGCGCGAGUAUACACAGUGAUCGUGUGCCACUUUGUUAAUGAAUGUGUGCUAUUACAUCAACGAUAAAGUAACGAUUGUAUUGUGAAUGUGUGUCGUUACGUCGUCGUCGUCGCGUUCACCGAUCGGUGCGAUUUAUCGAGAGAUUUCGAGAUUUGUCGGAUUCGUAUUCGACCUCUUAAAUUGUAUCCAAUACGAUUAGGAAAGUGUCGUGGACAGAGAGUCAUUGCUCCUUUGUUUUUCACCAAACAAGUGCAGUGCGUUCGUUUGUUGAUUUGUUGAUUGGUCCAAUUCGACAGCGAAACAUCUGACAAACGCGUGUUUCCCUUUCGAACACGAACAUAAUUAAUCUAAACCUGCGUGAACAUUCUUGUGAUGGUAAUAAUCACAUGCGGAAAACGUUGUGAACAACAUAACCAGACAUGCAGGUGUUUUGGAAAUUAAAAACGGGCUCGAUUGGUGAGCCGAUGAUAUGCAGGCAUUAUGGCCGGGAAGCCUGAAUUGUCGGCGGCCCCCGGUGUCCAGAAUGUCGUCGUCUACGUCUCCAAUGAUAACUUCGCGCAAGCGUACACAGUGAACCAUCACGGUAACCAUGCGCCAUCACCGCAACAACACCAACAUCACGCGCCGGAUAACCUACACGUGGGUUAUGCGCCGCAAGCUCAGCCGAAGAUCUACGCUGAAAAGUUGUUACAACAACAACAGCAGCAACAACUCCACCAACAGCAGCAGGCAGCUCAACAACUGCAUCACCAACAGCAGCAAUUGCAAGCGCAGAUACAACAGCAGCAGUUGUUGGAGUCGCAGUUUAAUCACCAAGCACCUACAUCAGGCGGUUAUUUUACCAAUCAAGCUGUGAUAACACAUCAGAACGGGUAUGCGCAUCCCGUCUACGACGGCAACAAAGACAAAGACGUGAGUGUGAUUAAAGAUGAGUACUCGACACCGUCAACGGGUGGAUAUGUUGUGCUUGGCGGCGGUGCCACCGCUGGUAGUAGUAAUGGUGAUGCAGGUCUGCAAAGAUCUUGCGAUUCGGUGCGUUCGGACGCGGCUGAGUCAAGCUGUAGCAGUCUAUCAUCAGCAGAGGACGUGCUUAUUAUACCGAACAAUCUCAGCGGCAGCGAGACCGCCAACGUGCUCGUAUACGACGGGGUCGCGGGCGACGCGAGUGGUGUUAAUGUGCGACACGGUGUUGUGGUCGCGGUUGGUGGUGGCGGCGGCGGCGGCGGCAGCAGCAGUGCAGUCGCGGUCAGUGGUGGUGCGCCGAUAAUCGCCCCCGCGCAACACCAGCAGGUGCCGGCGAGUAUUCCAGUGCCACACGGGUGGAAACGCCUCAUUACCAAUGGCGUUGUCAUCUAUAUAAGCCCGAGUAACACUGCGCUCAGCUCCUUGGACCAAGUCAAGGACUAUCUCCUCACGCCGGAUACGUGCAAGUGCGGGUUGGAGUGUCCUCUCAAGUGUGAUCUUGUCUUCAAUUUUGAUACAAAGGUUGUUGGCAAAACAUGGACUUUCACGCCAGAUACGAAUAACGGUGAUUUAACUAAAUUGUGCAAUCACAAGAGGAAAUAUGUUCAACAUCUCAAAGAUUGCAAUCCGAUGGUAAUCAAAAAGAAGAAGCGGAAAUUGAGCGCGCCGCUGGCGGCCGGCGGUGUUUCCGUCUCGCAGAUAUUGGCCGCACAGCGCGAGAAAAUCAAUCCCAAAGUGGGCCACAGUCAGCUACAAAUCUUCCAACACCAACCGCAGCCGGCGCCGCAACCGCAGCAAUUCAUAACCAAAGAUAAUGUUUAUCAACAGCAGCCGAAUCAGCCCAAUCAACAGCAGAUUCUGGCGCAACGUUACCUCACAUCACAAGGUCUAAUCAGUAGUCAACAACAAAUUUUCUACCAAAAUGCUCAGCAACAACAACAACAACAGCAGCAACCCGAUGUGAAUCCAAAUACAGCUGAUGCGCGUUUGAAUUCACCUCUAGUUACGGAUCAGAUGAUUCUCUCGGCACAGAAUCAGCAGAACAUAUCACACCCGCAGCCGUUGCGACAAAUUAUCAGUUCCAAUGGGCAGGUUUUGAUCCCGACUGGAAAUUUAGUAGCUGCGGGUCAGCAACGUGUGUUUAUCAAUGGCCAACCUAGCGAACCGAGUGGUCCCGGUCGGCCUGUUAUGAUUCCAGUCAGUAUAUCCACCUCACCUGCUCCGAUCAAAACUGAAAAGGUUCAGAACUAUGUGCACCAUGGACAAGUGUAUCAGGGUAUACCUCCACAGGCGGUACGACAUAUUGUACCGAAUGGCUUCAGACCUCAACUACAGGUACAACAACAUCCGCAUUUAGUACAACAACAACAGCAGCAACACCACCAGCAACAACUGCAAUUACAACCUCAACCACAAAAAGUUUGGAAUCGAAUACCUAUUCAUUCCCCAGUCCCAAUGCGCCUGUUUCGCCCGCUGGACAAAAUGUUUUUGAUCAACGGGUACCACCUUUACAUCAACACCAACCACAGGCUGUUAAUAAUCAGCUGAUGCAAGGACAACCAACUCAGGUACAAAUUCAAGUUUGGCCCGAUGAAGUUCAACGAAAGAAAAUGAAAACCAAAGUGAAGAAGCGUUAUGUUGAGCAGUCUCCAUCUCCGAAUAUAAACCAAACUAAUUCG